AUUCUCCUCCCUUAUUCUCUACCAUCGGAUUUCUUUAACAUAAAAAUAAAAAUAAAACCCUCAGGUUCAGUCGGUGGAUCGAGCAAUUGCUCCUUUCGUGGUUUUUGGAUUUGGCGGGCUGAAGGAAAACCGAUUACCGUCAUCAUCGUCAUCAGCAUGGAAUAGGGAUAUCUAGCUCGACUGUGACGAAUAUGGCAUUCUCCACCGCUGUCUACAACAACCUUGUAACUCCGUCUUCUUCUUCGUCUUCAUCUCACACCUCUUCGCAGGUCUGCUGUCUGAGGCUCAACAGGAAGCACAGAGUAUUAGCCAUUCCGAUGGCUCAAAACAGGAAGAGGCCUGCUCGGCUGAUAAUCAGAUCAUUACUAGAGUCAAACAUUGGUAGCAGUGGCAAUGGAGCAGGGGAACCUACCAGAGUCCUUCUCGAGAAACUGUUCGUGCAAACACAGAAGCUGGAAGAACAGAUGAGUAAUGGUUCUCACCUUCCUGAGGGCGUCAGCAUUAACCUUGAAGUCCUGGAGUCCGACCUUAAAGGUGCCUUGGCAGCCUUGCGAAAGAAAGAAGAAGAUCUCCAAGAUGCAGAGAGGAUGGUCACUGAAUUGAAUCAGGCGAAGCGAGACCUGGAGCAGCAGGAGGAAGAAAUCGCUGCUGUAUAUUCCAAGCAGGAAGAACUGGAGGAAGACCUGAAGAAGGCCAAUGACAAUUUGGUGUCUCAAGCGAGGCAGAUCGAAGAUUUAAAACUCCUGGUUGGGGAGCGGGACAGGGAGAUUGUUGCUGCACAAUCUGCACUCUUUCUUAAAGAAGAAGAAGUAAAUACAAUGAGAGAUGAGUUGAUGAAGAAGAACGAGGAAGCAGUUAGGAUCUAUUCCGACCUCAACACCAGGGAUCAGCUGCUCAAGGAAGCGAAUGAAGUCAUUAAGAAACAACAAGUCACAGUUGAAGAGCUAGAAAGAUCGGUCAGAGAAAAGGAGCAUGAGUUUGCGGCAUCUGUGCAGCUUAGGAAAGAUGAAGAAGAGAGAAUGAAAGUUAUGGAGGCCAACUUAGAGAAGCGGACUGUGGAAUGGUUAAUGGCACGGGAAGUGUUGAGUAAAUUGGAAGUAGAAACAUCAAAGCAUUUGACUGAAACCAAGGAUAACAUGGAGGGCCUCAAAACAAUAAGAAAGCUUCUCAUUGACGUGAGGUCUGAGUUGGUUUCUGCUCAAAAAUCUCUCACCUCCUUUCGCAGGAAAAUGGAGGAUCAAGAACUACUAGUCGAGAGACAACUAGCAGAAGUCAACGAGCUAAAGCUUGUCAUGAUGUUAUACAUGACGAGUUUGAAAGAAGCCCAAGAGGAAGUUGAGAGUGAGAGGGCUAAGCUGAGAGUCGAACAGGCUCGAAGCAAGGAACUUGAACACCAGUUACAGAUGGAGCAAGAUCUGAUCGGAACUCUACAAGAGGAACUAAAUAAUGAGAAAUCUUCUUUACAAAAGGCAACCCAAGAACAAGGAUUGCUUAGGGAGGAGCUUGAGCGGAAAACUUGUGAGUUCAAUGAAGCUCAGAAUCUUCUGCAGGUUAAAGAGUCAGAAUUGGUGGAUGCCAGACUACAAAUUCAACAUCUGAAAUCUGAGCAGGCAUCUGUUCAGCGUGUUCUACAAGUUAAGGAUGCGGAUCUUCGGAAUGCACAGGAAAAGCUGGAGGAUGUGAACCAUGAGGUUGCUGAGUUGAAGAUGCUCAUGAAAAACAAAGAAGACAAUCUUAUUGAAGCAACUGGAAAGCUGUGGGAGAAGGAAGAGCAUGUUCAAACGAUGCAGCAUGAACUUGAUGACACGAAGCAAAGGUUUUUGGAGGCUGUGACUGUGGUGGAACGAAUCUCUCAGCUGACAAACAAGCUUGUUACUUAUGAAAACUAUGGUAGCAAUUCUUUGGAGCUGUUGGAUGAUACAAGUGUCCUACCUGGGACAGAAAAUGAGAUGCAGCAGGCAGUAGAAAAACCCGUACAUGAUUUACGGAGAGUGAAACAGUUGGAGGACGAGCUUGAGAUGGCAAAACAAAACCUGAGAUGGAGAGAAACAGAACUUGUGGCAGUGCAGAGAGAUCUGGCUGCCAAGGAUGAGGAGCUCAAGACAGUUCUCGAUGGAUGGGGUAUGAGAGAGAUGGAAAUGAAGAGGAGGAUCGAAGAAGAGAUGAGGGAAGAAGCUGAAGGCCUCAAGAAACUGUAUGCACUUGCAGAGGAAACAAUUAGGGACAGGAACGUCGCUGAUCUAGCUAUCGAGAAGCUACAGCUUGAAGCUGCUGGAUUGGAAGUUGAAGCUGCGACGAGCGCACUGCACAGCCUUGCAGAUAUGAGCCAGAAGCUUUUGAAUGAGACCGGAAUUGCAUUGAGUUUUGAUGAUGUUAUCUUUCAGAAGGAGAAAGUGGAACAAACUGGCAAUUGUCUGAGGAUGAGUGAAUGUUUUAAAGUGGCCCAAAGAGAAGUUGCCCGGCUAUCGUCUUUGACGGAGCAAUUGGUGAAUGAGGCCAGUAUUAUCACCAGUACUACUGACUGAUUAACCCACUCAAGUAUAAUGAAAAUGUAAACACCAUUUGUAGAUAUCUGACUUUGAUGGCUGCACUUAACAAGUUUUCAAUUUUAAGGAAAUUGUUGCAUAUGUACUA